CAAAAGCGAAAGUGAAAUGUAAUCUGUGGACGGCCAUGCAGUUUUCCUGACCCACGAAGUAGCUUUACUUUAAGUAAAACAAAACAAAAAACAACAGAAGUGGAUCUCAGAACUGGAUAUAAACAACGCCAUAACCCUGAUACGUCGAUGUGUAUGAAGGAUAUUGGAUUUAUACCACUACAAUGGGUCUACGCACGAUGAUACACCUGUACCUUAUCGCAGUUCUUUGUGCGUCUUUGUCUGGUGCUGGUCCUGUUCAAAAAGGCUUCGUGGUUUUGGUCUCAUCCUCCCUCUCAGUGCACCAUGGUGAAACAACCACACUACCAUGCUGGCUCAAUCCAGCACAAAGUGCAGAGGGCCUGGAGGUACGCUGGUACCGUGGUGAUCACUUUGACUCUCCAAUCAUACAGAUUCAGCACAAAAGGGUUGAAUCCAUCGGAGAUUCCUACAAUGGCAGAGUCUCAAUUGGCCUCAGAGAUGCAGCAUCUGGUGGACUGACAACAGGUGAUGUGAGCCUGAACCUGCAAGAUGUCACAUUGGAGGACGCAGGGGAUUAUACUUGUUAUGUCAGCAGUGACCAGGGUUAUGACCGUGGAAGUGUCAGCCUCAAUGUGACAAAAACAGGAACCCGGCCUCUCCUGUCAGCGGUGUGGAUGGAGGAAAACUUGUUGAACGUGAGCUGUGAAUCUGAGGGCUGGUAUCCACAGCCAUGGCUGCGCUGGUCUGACCACAUGCGGAAUCUGACCCCGAAAAGUUUGCAGUACAGCAACAUCCAGGAAGCCUUCAGUCCAGUGUCAGUCCACAGCUGGCUGCUGGUCUCAGGCUUGUCCUAUGUUUCCUGCUCAGUAGGUUUCUGUGAUGAAGAUGUGAAGGAGGCAAGCGUGCGCCUGCAGGGAGUCCCUCCUCAACUUGCUAAAGGGGUGGCAGGAUGGGUGGCCUUCGCUCUCCUUCUUCUAGCCAUAUUAGUUUCACUUGGAGUUAUGUACUUCCUGUACUUCAGAAACAGAGUUUUCCAGAAGAAAAGGAAAUCUGGGAACUCUGACGCUGAGGAGAAUAAGAAACUUUUAGCAGGUGAACCUCUUGAACCAAGAGGCUCAGAGAGGCUGAAAGAGGCUGAAACUCAUUACGAAAAUAUAACACUUCAGAAAAAAGAACAUCCGUACCUCAAGAUCCUGAAUAGUUUACUAAGAGACAAAACGCAACAAGCGCCUCCUGAUGGACAAGAGGUAACCUGUCUCACAGCAGUCAAGGGAGCAUCUGGCUUCAAUUCUGGACAACACUACUGGGAGGUUUCUCUGGAGAGACCAGGUGUUGCAGUGAAACAGUCCUGGUGGGUUGGGGUUACAAAUGCAGUUGACUUUUCUCUGGACUGUAAUCCUACUCCAAGUGCAUCUAGUGGCUUUUGGUUCCUGUCGUCUUCCCCUGACAGAGCAGACAGCCUCCAGGUUAGCUCAGAACCAAACGUCCUACUGCCUGUCCUCUCAAGGCCAAAGACAGUGGGCGUGUAUCUAGAGUAUGAGAAAGGAGAGCUUUCCUUUUAUGAUGUGGAAGAAAAAAAUAUCAUUGGAUCCUUGACAGCUACAUUCACAGGCGAAGUAUUUCCUUUGUUCAAUCCUGGUAAAGGUGAUGCUUGUCCUAUGGAGAUUUUACAGAGGACAACACAGAGUGAGGAAAUAAGAGAGUGUCAGUCUUAAUAUGAUCUGGAACAAAAAGGAGUCCAAGCAAUCUUUUUUAUAUUUAUAACAUUGUGCUUCGUAUCGUUCUGAAGGGAAAAUGACAAUACAACACAAAAAAAAUGCACAAGUUUGAAUAAUAUGCCAUUUGUUAUGAUGUUAAAUUUGGCUCCACAUGUUUUGGUGUCUGUGGUGACAUUUCAGCAAUGUAAGCAGUAAACCAAAAAUAUGGAGUUGUCAUUUUACAAAGUUCUCCAGGCUCACCUGAGAAGUGGAGAAAGUCUGACAUCACUUGCUGCCUCUUGACCAGAAAAAAAAAUCCAUGAAAAGAUUCCUCUCAUCCUAAUUCUGAUUCAUGUGGUGUGGCACAGAGGUGCAGUAGGUGAGGAUGUCUCACACACGUCUCUGUCACUCACUGCAGAAGCUCACUUCAUGUCUGUUGUUACUUUUGUUGUUUUAAAUCAGAAUGCAGCAAUGUUUACUCGACUUUUGGCAGCUUUAGUCACGAUAUUGUGCUGACACAAGCUUCAAAGGAUGAAAUUCAUUCAAUACCUAGACACAGGUCUUUGAUUUAAUUAUUGGGGGACAGUUAACUAUCCAUAAUGUCAUUGGCCCAACUCAUUAAUUGGUCUGAAUCUAGGAAACAUCUAUUAUUACAAAUUAUUUGUUUACAUCAAAAUGAUGAAUGUUGCAAAAUGUUAUCUCUUCAUCCAAAAGUGACUUUUUUAACCUGUUUCAUGUAUUUAUUAGUUUAUUCAUUAUUU